UUGCUAUCGAUGCCUAGUUUUUGCUAAAAUAGAGCACAUACGAUAUAUAAGAACGCGACUUCGUUUUGUCUGCUAGUAGUUGACUGUUCAGUUCUGAUCCGUUAGCAAAAAGGACUAUUCGGAGAACCGUAAGAUAUCAAAAUGAACGCACUCAUCUUGACUUUCGCCAUCCUCUGCGCCGUCUACGGUGCUUCCGCCCAGAUCUAUCUGAAUCAGCCGAUUGCCCUGGCGCUUCAACAUCAACCAGUUCAACACGAGGCAGUCUCCUUGGCACAUCCGGCUGUAGUGGAAAAUGCUAUGCACGAGGCUCAGUAUCCGGCGGAACUGCGUAAUAAUUUUUACAAAAACCCCCACAUCGCCGAAGCACUUGCCAAGGAAUCGUGGUUCGGUGACAAGGAGAUGCCCGUUUUCGAGCGGGCCGCUGAUCAAAUUCCCCGGGAUCGCAUUGCCAAAAUCAUCAAGAAUGCCGGAUUUAUCCGUCGGCGUUGAGCCUCGACAAACUUGAGCUCAGUGGUGAUAAGAAACGGAGCAUGAUUUUCUCAGGACUGUGAUGUUGGACAUGGAUUGGAUCCGUAGUUGGGUAAUUGUAAAUAUAGAUUAGAAAUCGUUCCUGAAUCGUGGGUGUGCUAAAGAAUGUUGUGCUUGUGUGUAUUGAUAGUAUUUAUUUUGUAAAUAAAUAUUUUUAAUUUA